CCCACCGCGCCUCCGCCAUCGCGGAAGCGGAGCUCAACCUGUCGGCAAUGAACCGAGAAUCGGUGCUCCGCCCUGCCGGAAUCGCUCACCUGUAGCUCCUCCGGUCACCGCCGCCUCCUCUUGUCGCCCUCCCGAUGCCACUCCCGUCACCUCAUCGGACGUGAUCCCCAGCAUUUGCCGGACAAUUCUCGGGGAGAGGCCCGGUCUAGGGUUUCUCCCUCCCAGCCUCAUUCCCUUUUCUGCGUUCGAGAAAUUGUUGCAGAUUGCAAUGCAGGAUUACGUUUAACCGUAGUUGGUUUUCUCGUACCUGAGGAUCUGGUAGCAUGCAGAGCAAGAUGCACGGGAAAUCUUUACCACGUCAUGUCUCUGAAUCGAAACGAAUGAUCGUUGAGACAAGUGGUCCGUCUAAGCGGCUGUAUCAAGUGUGGAAAGGAAGCAACAAAUUCUUUCUGGGAGGGAGACUUAUAUUUGGUCCAGAUGUGAGAUCUCUGAUGCUCACAAUACCUCUUAUCGUAGUUCCAGUUAUCCUCUUUUCAGUAUUUGUUUCACAGAAGCUGAUUAAUGAGUUCCAACAUCAACUUGGGAAAUUCAUUGUAGCUUUUGCUGUUCUCUUUGCCUCAUAUGACAUUGUUAUUCUCUUUCUUACUUCUGGCAGAGAUCCUGGAAUUGUUCCUCGUAAUGCACGUCCUCCUGAACCAACAGAUAAUGGUAAUUCCUCGCUCAGGUUAUCUUCAGAGUUGUCAGGGAUUUAUGGUGGCUCAAGUUUACCACCAACCAAAGAUGUAUUUGUAAAUGGCACUAUUGUGAAGGUCAAGUAUUGCAAUACAUGCAUGCUAUAUCGCCCCCCUCGUUGCUCCCACUGCUCUAUCUGCAACAACUGUGUGGAGCGCUUUGAUCAUCAUUGUCCCUGGGUUGGACAGUGUAUUGGAAGAAGGAAUUAUCAUUUCUUUUUUAUGUUCGUGUCCUCCACGACCAUCCUGUGUCUAUAUGUCUUUUCCUUCUGCUGGGUUAACAUCAAAAUGAUUAUGGACGCAUAUGAAUGCAAUCUUUGGGGAGCUGUUGUGAAAUCACCUGUUUCUGGCUUUCUCAUCAUUUAUACAUUCAUAGGAGCUUGGUUCGUUGGAGGCUUGACAACCUUUCACAUUUACUUAAUUUGCAGCAACCAGACGACAUAUGAGAAUUUUCGAUAUCGCUAUGAUGGCAAAAUGAAUCCCUAUAACCAUGGGUGUUUUCAUAAUGUGAAGGAGGUCCUCUUCUCAGGAAUUCCCAAGUCGAUGAAUAAUUUUCGAGCAAAGGUGAUAGAGGAUUCAGCCAGGUUCACCUCAUUACAUUCUACAGGGCAAGUUAUGCCUCCAGAUCUGUCAAAGCCAAGCUUCGACCUCGAGAUUGGUGUGAAGAGGCAUACUGUGUCUACGGAGGAGCUUGAAGACAUACAGAACCAAUUCGAGAUCAGGCCGUUGGAAAGAUGCAACACCCAAUCAUCACAUUCGAUCUGGACUGACGACAAAGGUAAUUGGGACGAUGAACUGGUUGCUGGAUUUGGAACCAAACACAAUUGGGAAAGAACACAUGAUAUAGAAGCAUCGUCUGCUGAAUUUGGAACAGAAAGUGGAUUCGGCGACACGUUUCAUUCAGAAGCAGCAACGUAGUUGCUAAUCAAGCUAGGCGGAAUCCAAUCUAGGAGUUGAUGGACUUGGAAUGAAGCCUUUGUCUGAGUCGAGCUGCGAAAAGCAGGUGCCUGUAAUCUUCACUCUUGCUCCGAGGGCUUCCGACAGGAGUAAUAUGAUGCUGUAUCAACUGUAUACUGUAGUUGACCUCAAUUUAAAGAUGUUUGUAAGGGUCUGCAUGAGUCGCUAAUUUGUUGGUAAUUUUAUCUUUCUAUUUUUGUUG